AGGACUCACUCUAUGCUGUAUGGCCAUGACGAUGAGGCUCAUACACUUCUGUCUUUUGGCAGUCACUCUGCAUAAUCUGGCAGAUGGUCAGGGUGACAAGGUAGGUCAGCCGCCUCAUUAUCCCCAAUAUCCUCAGCAGCCUCAACAUCCUCAACAGCCUCAGCAGCCUCAGUAUCCUUCAAAGCCUCAGCAGCCUCAGUAUCCUCAGAAUCCUCAGCAGCCUCAGUAUCCUUCAAAACCUCAGCAGCCUCAUCAGCCUCAGAAUCCUCAGCAGCCUCAGUACCCUUCAAAACCUCAGAAUCCUCAGCAGCCUCAGUAUCCUCAGAAUCCUCAACAGCCUCAGUAUCCUUCAAAACCUCAGCAGCCUCAUCAGCCUCAGAAUCCUCAGCAGCCUCAGUACCCUUCAAAACCUCAGAAUCCUCAGCAGCCUCAGUAUCCUUCAAAGCCUCAGCAGCCUCAUCAGCCUCAGAAUCCUCAGCAGCCUCAGUAUCCUUCAAAACCUCAGAAUCCUCAGCAGCCUCAGUAUCCUCAGCAGCCUCAGUAUCCUUCAAAACCUCAGCAGCCUCAGAAUCCUCAGCAGCCUCAGUAUCCUUCAAAACCUCAGCAGCCUCAGUAUCCUCAGAAUCCUAAGCAGCCUCAGUAUCCUUCAAAACAUCAGAAUGAUCAACAGCCUCAGUAUCCUCAGAAUCCCAAGCAGCCUCAGCAGCCUCAGAAUCCUCAGCAGCCUCAGUAUCCGUCAAAAUCUCAAAAUCCGCAGACUCCACCAUCAACAUUUCACUCUUGUGAAGUAGACGAGUACUAUAAGAUACCAUGUGGCUCCUCAAACAUCACUGCCUCGGAGUGUGAUGCAAUAAACUGCUGCUAUGAUGGACACACUUGCUACUAUGGCAAAUACGUGACUCUUCAGUGCACCAAGGAUGGCCAGUUUAUCAUAGUUAUUGCCAAAGAUGCCACACUGCCGCAUAUUGACUUGGAGUCAGUCAGUUUCCUUGGAUCAGGGGCCGAAUGCCAUCCUGCUGGGGCUUCUUCAGCUUUUGCCAUUUAUCAAUUUCCAGUCACCUCUUGUGGCACUAUCAUGAGGGAUGAGCCUGGUGUCCUUGUCUAUGAGAACCGGAUGUCCUCCUUUUAUGAAGUUGCUAUUGGACCUCGUGGAGCCAUUACCAGGGACAGUCACUUUGAGCUGUCUGUUCAGUGCAGAUAUAUUGGUACUUCCGUUGAGGCCUUGGUCACUGAGGUGGAUUUGGUUCCUCCACCGGGCCCAGUUGCAGCUCCUGGAAUCUUGCGUGUGGAACUUCGACUUGGCAAUGGACAAUGUCAAGUCAAGGGUUGUUAUGAGGAGGAUGUGGCCUAUACCUCAUAUUAUAAUGAUGCUGACUACCCUGUCACUAAGGUUCUCAGGGACAACGUCUACGUUGAGGUCCGAAUGCUGGAGAGGACUGAUCCUAACCUUGUCCUAACUCUUGGGAGAUGUUGGGCAACAACUAGCUCCUUCAGCAACAGUGUUCCUCAGUGGGAUUUGCUAAUUAAUGGCUGUCCAAACAUCGACGAUCGGUAUCUAACAACGUUAGUUCCAGUGGAUCCCUCAUCUGGACUUCCGUUCCCAACUCAUUACAGACGUUUUAUUUUCAAGAUGUUCACUUUUGUUGGAAAUGGUCCCACUUCUCCAUCUGACCCUAGCAAGAAGGCACCCUCAGAUGCACCAAACCUACCUUUGAAAGAACAUGUGUACAUUCACUGUGAUGUUUCUGUGUGUCAGCCUACUCUUUCAAACAACUGUGAGCCUUUGUGCCCUUUAAGAAAGGCAAGAGAUGUCUCUGGAUCAACAAGGAAAGCCUAUAGAGAAGAGACAGUUGUUGUUAGCAGUGAUGAGAUUGUCUUCACUGCUGCAAGUCCUUAAAAAAAAGGGAAUUGAUCAUCAGCUUGCUAUGGUAAAUGAGCUAAAAAACAAAUUUAAAAUAAAUCUUUUAAUAGUGAA